GAGCGGCACGACAGAGCGAACGCUAGCGGCGUUUAGCGCGCAAUACGCCUUACCGACAGUCGCAGUGCGCGUAUAAAGACACCUGCCUACCUGUUGUGCCGCAACGUAAUCGGAUCCUCCAUUCGCUCCGUGUGUGACGGCUGCGGGAAAGCGCGACGUUUCCCUGUGUUGUUCUUCUCGCAGAAAUCCAGCGCGGAUUCACAAGAAAGAAUUGCACGAGAAGAAUGGCGAAGAAAAUCGGCCACGUUGUGCUGGUCGGCGCACUGUUAAUCAGCAUAUUUCACGGAACAUGCCUCGCGGAUUGGGAUGAUUGGACGAGAGGUUUGAACGAAGAUUUGGCACGUAUGAAUGACAAUUUGGCACAUAUGCAAGAAAAUAUUGAGCAUCAGGUGCAAGGUAUCAUUCAGAAUGUGAAUCGUCAACUGGAGAACACUUUUACGCAUCAAGUACAACCUGCGCUUGAGGAGGCCGCAAAAACUAUUCAAAAUCUACCGAGAGAUGAACACGGACGAAUAAUAAGUACCUUUGGCAGCUAUGGCAAUACGGUAAUCAUUAAUAAUGGAAACGGCCUGUCAAAAUCGGUCUUUUCUGGUCGGACAAAGGAAGGGGAGCCAUUUGUACGCGACAUUGAGGAACGAAAUGACGGAGGUAUACUUUACCAUCGUGAAAUCUAUUAUAAACCGAACACUAACACCAGCGUGAAGACUUGCUGGAAACUGGACCACACGACACCAGGCGCUACACCUGAAAUCCUCAAAGACUGUUAAAACAAAGUGUAAUCGUGUGAUUACAAUGCAUAUCCUAUGUCGUGUAGAAAUAUAGUAUGAAGAGUUUGUGUUAAGCUAUCAACGAGGAUAAAAGAGUGAAGAAAUAAAACAGAAGAUGUAGCUGAAUCUAAUUAUGCAAGAAUAGUUCAAUCCAUGUCGAAAUAUAUAGAAAAAAUGAAGAUGAAAAUUUGAUACUUGAGUACAGAUACAAAAAGUAUAGAUUUCACUUAGAUUCUUUGGAAUAGUUCAAGAAGUAAAGCAUAGUCAAUUUUUUUUCUUUAAGGGUGCUCAUUGAUAAGUUUAACCCAAGAAAGUAAUAAAAAAGGCGCAACAAUAGUAAAAAAUGACGCAACUAAUAGAAAAUAAAAACUGUUUUUAGUUCAUUUUCGACACAAAGACUUGGAUCCUUUUGGCUUUAUGUAGAAAGAUGUGUGAUCUACCUUUCAAAAACUAAAAGAUCAUAAUUUUGCGGAUUGGAUAAUUCUUAGCAUAACUAUGGCAUAACUUACCAUAAUUACUAAUUAUUUUAUAGAUUGCGGAAAACUUACAUUAACGACUAGUGUAGAACUUAAUGAGAACUUUCGCCGGUUGAAAUCUGAUAUAACGUUGGACAGAUACGUCUUUCAUUCAUUAUCCGCGAAUUAGAAAGGUAUAAUUACGAUGCGAUAUAUUCGAUAGGCGUACAGCUUCGCACAUUUCUCGGAACAUCGUUACCACCGCGUAUCGGAUGAACGCGAAACGAUCAUAAAGAACGACUGUAAAAUGAAUUACGCGGCGAAAGCCACACAAUUAUUGCGUUACGCCAACCGACAAAGCGAACACAGCGAAUUUUUAAUUAUGGUCCCGUAACGCUUCGACUCGUGAAUAAACUCUCGAUUCAAAUGUACGCCACGACGUUAUCGGUUUCGCCCUGCCGAUAUUACGCCCACGGUAUCUAGUGAUCGCGUGUUUUCUGCUGCCUGCUACGCAUUGCGUAUAUUCAACUGAAGUAGCUCGCGAAGUCUAACGAGGAAUUUUCCGGUUGUGUGCUUUAAACUUUAUUUCGAUAGGGUGAAUGAAGCUUUACUCAAUCAAUAUAUAUAUAUAUAUAUAUAUAUAUAUAUAUAUAUAUAUAUAUAUAUAUAUAUAUAUAUAUAUAUACAAACUCUUAUUACCGUAGCUUUUGCUUUUACUCGCUUAAAAGUAUGACUGUUCGUUUUUUCAGCCUUAAUUAUUCGCAAUUAGCAAGCGUAUGUCAUUUAACGUAAUGUACAUGGUAUUUAAUUAUUACAAAGUACGUAGUGUCAAGCCAUCGUUUCAAUCGAGCGAGCCGUGCGCGGAAAACAGAUGAAGAGGAAGUGAGAAGCGCACAUAAACUUUCACGGGAAAGAGGUUUGGCCAAUAAAGAAUCAUUUGUUACGAUAUACGACUACGAAAUUUUAAGGGAGCAGGAGGGGAGAGGAUAUGGGUGGGAUAGCGAUCGUGCUUUCGAUGCACAUACAGACUAUACACGUGUGGGAUACAAACGUGAUGUACACGUGUACAUAGUCGCGCAGUGGCGUCGAAGCGUUUUGCACGUCUAGCGAGAAGAAUACUCUUUCUUUCUAUUGUCGACGUUAUAAUUGCAAUUGUACAAUUGUAAGGAAAUAUCGUUGUUACAAUGAAAAGAGAGAGAGUGUGUGUGCGUGAGAGAAAAAGAGAGAGAGAACAUAUUACACAAUAAUAUUCUAUAUUUUAUUUUUAUUUUCUCGGUCGCCAUGGAAGUACACAAUAUCUUAUUUCAGCCCAGUUCGCGACAUUUAUUAUUACAUUCACGGAGUUUAUCUUUCGCAGAUUCGCACGUAAAAAUCACAAUAAAAACUGCAAAAACCCCA